CUAUCCACAGAAAGAUGGCGUGAGGAUGAGGAAUUGCAAUGGCUUCGUCCUAUUUUUCCAGAGCCCCUUGAAGAGCUACAAGAGAAUAGUGAUGAAGACAAUGAUGAAGAUAAUGCCCAAGAAGUAUGUAACUGCAUCGAGGAUGAUGAUGGAGUGAAA